AUAUUGUGAAAAUGCAAAGGCCCCACCUAACUUAUUAACGGCAAUCUGACGAAAAAGGAUGAGGCCAGGACCGGAGAGUGACUUCAACCUGGGGUUGCACUUCAUCUUCGAAGCAAACUUACAUUGAUUUCGUGGAGUUUUUUUUUUAGUGCUAAGCAAUCUGGUGGGCGUUGUGGAUGGCAUAGCACUAGUAAAAGUACUACUAGUAGAAGUAGUGAUAGACUAGUACCGUCAUCCCGGUUAUAAGUUUAGAGAGAUGGGUCUGUGGGGGGGGAAAAGAAAGUUAUUAACCCAUAGCGAAAUUCGUUUGGAUACUGGGUUUUUUGAUUUAUUUUGAUUAUGGAAUUUCAAUUUCAACCAUUAACUGGUUUUGGGGUGGCUAAAGUACUGGAUUCAAGACACCCGAACUUCAAGAAAGGUGACUUGAUUUGGGGCACAACCGGAUGGGAAGAAUAUAGUGUCAUCACAGAACUGGAAGGACUCUUUAAAAUCCAGCACACUGAUGUCCCCCUUUCCUACUAUACUGGAAUUCUUGGUAUGCCUGGUUUGUCAGCGUAUGUCGGUUUUUACGAAGUUUGUUCUCCUAAGGAAGGAGAAUAUGUGUUUAUUUCUGCGGCAUCAGGUGCAGUUGGUCAGCUUGUUGGGCAAUUUGCAAAGUUGAUGGGUUGCUAUGUUGUUGGAAGUGCUGGAAGUAAAGAAAAGGUUGAUCUCCUAAAGAGGAAGUUUGGGUUUGAUGAUGCUUUCAAUUAUAAGGAAGAAACUGACUUGGACGCUGCGUUGAAAAGGUACUUCCCUGAGGGCAUUGAUAUCUACUUUGAGAACGUAGGGGGAAAGAUGCUUGAUGCUGUGCUUCUCAAUAUGAAAGACCAUGGCAGGAUUUCUGUAUGUGGACUGGUUUCACAAUACAAUCUUGAUCAGCCUGAAGGUGUUCAGAACUUGAUGUGUCUUAUUUAUAAAAGAAUUCACAUGAAAGGAUUUGUUGUCUCUGAUUACUAUAACAUUUAUCCCAAGUUCUUGGAUGUAAUGCUGCCUUACAUCAGAGAAGGGAAGAUAAUGUAUGUGGAGGACAUAGCUGAAGGCCUUGAGAGUGGCCCUGCUACUCUGGCAGGACUUUAUAGUGGCCGCAAUGUUGGGAAACAAGUUGUUUUGAUUGCUCGGGAGUGAUUUGGCUAUGAUUUACGUAUCCAUUUGCUAUUAUGUUGAGUUCUAUGUCAAAUUCUUCGAUGUUAGAGGUCCACCUUGUGGUAGUUUAAUAAAGCCCUGUCUGAAGCCAGGGAAAGGUUUAUGGUUUGGUGUUGAGUAUAAUAAAUCUACAAGAAGGAACUUUGACAAUUUACAAAACCACAUUAUAUGAGUUUAAACCUUUAACUUAGUCAUGAAUGAUAUGUUAUAUCUUAUUAAGGAAACUAUGUUUAGUAAGC